CCCCAGGUCAAUUUUCGUUUGCUGGUUCCUCCCACCCGUUUUAUCCUACCCGUGCAUCUCCGCUGUUCGGUCGCGCCGUUCUUUGCUCCCUGGUCUUAUCCACUGCAUGAGCUCGUGCGCCCCCCACCCCCUUCCCGUUUCCAGUUAACCCAGGAUCGACAACCUUGCCAUGGUCACCUCUGCUUGUGACGAAGAAGACUCUUCCUUCUCUGACACCGCCAGUGCGGCUUCCACCACCACAACCACUCCACAACAACGCGAAUCAAUCAUCCAGAAUAUGCUCACCUAUUAUCCGACCGAUGAUGAUGGGGAUGGGGAUUCGGCGUAUGGGGAGGACUCGCUGAUUGGAGAUGAUACCAUGACCUUGGAUUCCUACAUUACCGACUAUCGAUACGAAUUCGGUCGUCGCUACCACUCCUAUCACGAUGGUGCCUACUGGGGUCCCAACGAUGAAAUCGCAAACGAACAGCAAGACAUGGCUCACCACAUGUAUUACAUCACCUUAGACGGAAAGCUCCAUCUCGCACCGAUUUGCGAACCCCAGGAAAUCCUCGAUGUGGGCACGGGAACGGGGAUUUGGGCCAUCGAUAUGGCCGACGAGUAUCCGAGCGCCAAAGUCACCGGUGUCGACCUCUCGCCCAUCCAACCCGCGUUUAUCCCGCCGAACUGCGUCUUCGAGAUCGACGACGUCACCCUCCCCUGGACCUACCCCAGCAAUCAAUUCGACUUUAUCCAUGUCCGUGAACUGUUCGGUUGCAUCCCCGACUGGGACGAAUUCUUCCAACAAUGCUGGCGGUGCCUCAAACCCGGGGGUUACAUCGAGGUGGUGGAGCAUUCGGUCGAACCGAUCUCCGACGAUGGCACCGUUGGUCCCGACCAUUUUUACAAUCUAUGGGGUCAGACGGUGGUCGAGUCGGGAACGCGAUUCGGCAAGAGCUUUACAAUCUGGCAGGAGAGCGCGUCGCGUCUCGAGCAGGCAGGCUUCAUCGAUGUGGUGGAGACGACCUACAAAUGGCCGAUGAACGGCUGGAGUACCGAUCGGAAAAUGCAUGAACUAGGCCGAUGGAACCAGCUCCGACUACACGGCGGCAUCGAAGGAUACAUGCUCCGUCUCCUCACAACCGCCCUAAACUGGUCCUACGAGCGAUCGCAAAUGUUCCUCGCGCAGAUGCGAGCCUCGCUCCGAGACUAUCGCACCCACGCCUACCUCCCAGGCACAGUCGUAUACGCACGAAAACCGGAAGAAUUUCCAUCACAUCGUGCUUUUUGAACUGAGUGGAGUACAGGAAGUUUAUCAGGGAUGGUCAUUGGUUGGUUCUAUAGGGUUUGCGGUUGUAAUUUUUUUUAUAUUUCUUUUUGGUCGAGCUUUAUACCCUUGUUGAUAUUGGUUAACUAAUUAUAUAUUCAAGCAUAAAUGUGACGAGGUGCUUAUCACUUUAUUCAUCCACUUCACUUGGA